GAAACAAUAGGGGACCAAGCAGCUUUGCUGCUCGGACCCCUAAUUAAUAAUUCCCUUUCCCACUUACUGUGAAAAACGAAAUAUUAUAGCUAUUGUUAUACACGGAUCGUUCAUACUGCAUACAGAGUAUGUCCAGACGAGGUCUACUCUGGACGAAUAAUGAUUUGCAACUUACCAACUAAAUGAAUGUCCCUGAAGCGAGCGGGAAUUUAGCUGGCCACAGCCAGCCACCAAGUCUCGCGUUGGUGGACAAGCUCACCGCUGCAGAUUUCAAACUGCGUAGCUACAUCAUCUUGUAUUGUGUAUGCUAAACAAAUCAUGGAGGAUCUAAAUGAUUGUGAUUUUCUAACAGAGCAACCAACUGAACAACCGACUGAACAAACGGAGUCCGAAUUCGAGAAUGUAGUUGAGGAGAACACCAAUGGAGUGAAAACAGAUGGCGAAGAAUCCUCAACGCUAUCUGAUCCGAAGGAGAAGGCGCUUGCGAACAGAAGAGGAAAUAGGCACCAUCCAUACAAAAAUGGUGGUGUAGGAGACAAGAAGGGUGGUCAAAGGAACCGGGUGUUCAUAAGCAACAUUCCGUAUGAUAUGAAGUGGCAGGCAAUUAAAGAUCUGAUGCGUGAGAAAGUUGGUGAGGUUACAUACGUGGAGCUCUUUAAGGAUGCAGAAGGAAAGUCAAGGGGUUGUGGUGUGGUGGAGUUCAAAGACGAAGAGUUUGUGAAGAAGGCUGUGGACACCAUGAAUAAGCAUGACCUGAGUGGUAGGCCACUCAACAUCAAGGAGGACCCGGAUGGUGAGCACGCCCGCCGGGUGCUGCAGCGCAUGGGGGGCAUGAUGCCGGGCAGCCGUGGGCCCGAAGGAGGCCCAGGCGGGAUGAAUCUGCCUCCCUCCCUCGCCAACAGCCUCAACAUACCACCGGACAUCCUCAACGCCAUGCAGGCCGGUCGGCUGGGCACCACGGUGUUUGUGGCUAAUCUGGACUUCAAGGUGGGCUGGAAGAAGCUGAAGGAGGUGUUCGCCAUGGCGGGUGUAGUGAAGCGGGCCGACGUGAAGGAGGACAAGGACGGAAAGAGCAGGGGAAUGGGAACGGUCACCUUUGAGCAGCCGCUGGAGGCCGUGCAAGCUAUAUCCAUGUUCAACGGACAGAUGCUGUUUGACAGACAGAUGCACGUCAAAAUGGAUGAGAAGUCACUACCGAUUGAAGACUUCCGUCAAGUGGAAAAAGCACCUCUGUUGCCACGGGGUCUUGGGGGCAUUGGGAUGGGCCUGGGACCAGGUGGGCAGCCUAUCAAUGCAAACACUGUUGGUGGAGGUGGAGGCAUGGGCUCCAUGGGGCCUGGAGGUAUGGACGGCCCUGGGUUCAGCGGUAUGAACAGACUGGGCGGAGGAAUGGGUGGUGGUGGUGGUGGAGGCUUCGGGGGCAUGGAUAAUAUGGGCAACAUGGGACAUGGCAUGACACCCAUGGGCCGAAUGGGAGGAAUGGGUUCUAUGGACUUUGGACGCAAUGACAUGCAGAUGAACCAGGGAUUCGGGAAUUCCUUUGGAACAAUGGCAGGUGGUUAUGGUGGAGGCAUGGGGAAUGCAGGCAUGGGUCAAAUGGGCACUGGAAUAGGUGGUGGGAUGGGCAACAUGGCCAUGGGCUCUGGUGUUAACCGCAUGGGCAUGGCUGGGAUGGACAUGAGCCGGGGCUUCGGGGGCUUCGGAGGGGCCGGCCGGGGCGGAGCACACAUGGGCGGAGCCAUGUCCGACCGCGUCUCCGGGGCCAAGGGAGGCUGUGUGAUAUUUGUGAGAAAUCUCUCCUAUGACCUCAAUUGGCAGAAGCUGAAAGAGAGCUUCAGCCACUGUGGCCAGGUGAUGUUCGCAGACGUCAAGAUGGAGAACGGCCGGUCCAAAGGCUGCGGCACAGUGAGGUUCGACUCCCCGGAGGGCGCAGAGCAGGCCUGCAGGAUGAUGAAUGGAACCAAAAUCAACGGCCGAGAGGUGGACGUCCGCAUAGACCGCAACGUCUAGACGCCACGAUUACACAACCCCCCCCUCCCCCCCCCCCCCCCCCCGCCACGGCAGCGACACAGGGUCCUUGCUCGCCAAAUCUUUUUCGUUUUGUUUUAGAAACACUUUUAAUUCCAUAUUUUCAUGUCUACCCUGUCACAACAUGUUGGUUGUUAAUUAAAUCGGUUUGUUCUUUAUUUUAUCUUUUUUGUAAACCCCCACAUUUUUUUUUCCGGUAGUUUGGUUGAAUAAAGAAACUUUUUAAUUUUUAA